CAUUAAGUAUGUGGGAGAAAUUAACAUUGGUUUGUGUAGUGUCAAUACUGAUCACAAACAAUUUAGUCCAGUCUGAACUGACUUGCACCCCACCGUGGAAGAAGGUUCACCGUGGCUGUUACCUUUUUAAGAAGGAUCUGGUCACGUGGUACGAGGCCAGGCAGACCUGUCAGGAUGAGGGAGGUUACUUAGCCUCCAUGUCCAGUAGAGCAGAAACGGUAAGGGUUCUACUAAACAUUCAUCCUCUGAUAAAGACAAUAUCUAUGAAGCAGUGGUGGCUGGGACUGUCCCUCAAUAAGACCAUCGCCAAGUGGAAAUGGGAAGACGGCACUGACCUUCAGACGACGGUCAUUGCUUGGAAACCAGGUGAGCCUAACAACUCUCUAAGAAAGGAAGAGUGUGGGGAAAUGAAUAUUGCAGGCAAGCUAAACGACCAAAAAUGUGACAAGUUCAACCCCUUCAUCUGUGAGCAAUAUCCUCCAACAGCCCCACCUCCUUCCACAACCACCAUCUCAAGUCCAUCAGAAACAACCACCCUUCAAUCUACAGCGGCGACGGAGAAUCUUAUACGCACAGUCAAAACUACCACAUUCUUCAAUCUAAAUCAGACUUUUACAGAAAGUCAGACGCACGGUGAACCUGUAACAUCUUCAGACGAGAACAUACGAGUAUCGUCAUCAGUAGUCAUGACAACAAAGGAUGACAAAAAAGUGUACACGGAAAACCAUCUGAAUGAUUCUAAGACAAAUUCACAAAUGACAUCAGAACCUUCAAGUAUUGUGAAAAUUACCCCUAGACCUUCACCUAUUUAUCCUAAAACGCUAAUGGCCAACGUAUCGAGCCAACACAACACAUCAAUGGCCUCUACUAGGUUUCAUAAAACACAUUCUCAAAGUACAACGACUGCAAUUGGAAACCAAGACAAAAAUGGGUGUACACCCCUGGAAGCCUACGAAAUUUCCUGGCCAAGAGCAAGCAAUGGAGAGGUGGUCAGUCGUCCAUGUAAAACUGGACAUGGGUUUGCCAGCUGGAAGUGCGAUGAUGUAAAAGCAGAAUGGGUGGGAAGACCUAAUAUUGAAGACUGUGUGUCUAAAGAUUUAAGGAGAAUCCUGAAUCAGAAAUUGGUCACAACAGAAGAUGUCUCCCAGCUUACAGCAGAUUUAGUGGACACUUUAGAUGCUAGCAAAAGAACAGUAGCAGACAUCGUGACAACAUCUCGUGUGCUGAAGUCCAUCUCGGACUUAAACCCAAAAGAUGAAAACGAUUUCAGAAAUUUUGCACAAGACACGGUAUCAAUAGGAAGUUUGAUGAUAAAGCAGACGAGAGACGCCUUGGAUCUUUCACCUGAUGAUAAAAAAAGAGUGGCCUCUGUCAUCUUGUCAGCUGUUGAGGAUGCAGCCAGCAAACUUCUUGAUUCCAUGGACAAACCGAUGGCGUUCGAAACUAAAUCGCAUUCAAUAUUGGCAAUGUUCCAUGUCUUGGACUCAAACUCCGCAAAUGACUUGAGGUUCAAUACUGGAGAUAGAGAAACAGAUUUCCUUGUUCCCUCACAUACAAUACGACAUUACAACAGAGACGGUUUAACAAAAGUGGUAUUCUUAAAGCACUUCAAUGGCGCCCAUUUACUUCCUGUUCCUGAUAUAAACUACACUAUCCUCAAAGACAUCCUCAGUGCUUCUAUUUUUGGUUUUGAUGUCAACAAUCUGCAAGAUCCGGUGACGUACACCAUGAAACUAGAAAAAAACAGGUUUUCUGGCUCUCCCAUAGCAACACCGCUUUGCUCCUUCUGGAACUUUACAAAAGGCGAAGUUGGAGAUUGGUCACAAGAAGGUUGCUCACUGAGAGACAUGAACAGUACACAUGUUACAUGCCAGUGUAACCACCUAACAAACUUUGCCAUUCUUAUGGACGUGUCAGGAGUUGAGCUGGGAUAUGAGCACGUCAUGUCACUGACCUUUAUAAGUUACAUUGGGUGCAUCGUCUCCAUCAUAUUCCUUGCCACCAGUUGGUUAACCUUCCAAUGUCUAGGGUCGUUGCAAGGCGAGAGGAACUCCAUUCACAAGAAUCUAGUGUUUUGCCUGUUUGUAGCAGAGGUCAUCUUUUUAAUUGGCAUCGGAAGAACAGAACAAAAGGUCACAUGUGCUGCCACGGCACUUCUUCUUCACUUCUUUUUCCUGUCCGCCUUCACUUGGAUGUUGAUGGAAGGAAUUCACAUUGUAGUCAUGCUUGUGCAAGUGUUCGAUGCGGCCAAGUCGAGGCUGAAAUAUUAUUAUCUUGUAGGUUAUGGCGCUCCUAUCAUUGUGGUCGGCAUAACAGCAACCGCAGACUUUACUGCUUAUGGAACGGAUAAUUAUUGUUGGUUGACAACACAAAACUGGUUCAUCUGGAGUUUUGCUGGCCCUGUAGCUUUAGUGCUUGUGGUCAAUGCCUUGGUGCUUUUUUAUUCCAUGACAAUGGUGUGCAGACAUUCCGCUUACGUGUUUACUCAAGAUCGCUCACAAUCAGGGACAUUUAGGGCAUGGAUCCAAGGUGCUUUUGCUAUUGAGGUUUUGCUUGGGUUGACUUGGGUUUUUGGGUACUUUUUCAUCAAUAAGGAGUCGGUAGCGAUGGCCUAUAUUUUUACCAUACUGAACAGUCUCCAGGGACUCUUUAUAUUCAUCUUCCACUGCGCCAUGAACAGAAAAGUAAGAGGGGAAUACAAAAGACUUGUACGUCUCAGCAAGCGAGUGCCUCCUACAACUAAACCACAGUCCAACUCAGUCCGAAAGCAGAGCGGCUCAUAUGAAUUGUAUGUUCCUUCCUCCUAACCAGAAGAUUGGCUGUUUUCAAUUUAUAAAUCAUAUAAUCAACUGAUUAAGACAUCUAGAUGUAUAAAGGAUCGUUAGAUUUUACAAUCCUAAGCACUCAUGAAAACAAAAAAGAGGUCUGUAGCCGUCAAAGACGCACCCCUGCGUAAAAAUUAAGUUCUGUCUCAAAACCUGUUUAUAUUUUUCUUUGGAGCAGUAUUAUUUUUUAAUGCGUUGUUCAUUUUUUGCAUGAACGACAUAUUUUGUUGAUAUGUUUAUCUUUAAAGUUUGAGGCCAGUACAUGUACAUGUAUUAUGAUAAACUAAGAACAUUAUUUUGUCUCGUAUUUUGAUUUU